AGGCGAACCAGGCAUACUUUUCAAAACAUGUUCCCGCUUAGUAAAAUUAAAUUUGAAAACUAUUAUGGAAGAGGAAGAUGAUUGGAGACAGUGUGCUGAAUGGUUAAAUAGAUGUCAAGUUAUCCCGGAUGAUCAUCCGGCUCUGGGGCCAGAUGGUAAUGCGAUUCACUUGGUUCAGGCCUAAUGGACGGAGUUGCUUUAUGCCAUCUUUUAAGUACAUUAUCAAACCAUGAGUUGGAUAUAAGGUCGAUGAAAGAUUUUAGCCAUAUGCCACAAAAUUCUCAGUUUUUAUGUUUUCAAAAUCUUCGACUAUUUACACAGUUAUGUGAAAAAGAAUUUGAUAUUCCCAGGAAUUUGCUAUUUCAACCUGGUGAUAUUUAUCAUGCUAAAAAUUUUGGGAAAGCGAUUGCAACUUUAUCAAAAUUAUCAUACUCAAGGAGGGCACAGUUAACUGGAAUACCUGGUUUUCCACCAGAAAAUUCAAAGCUACAAUCAACUCAUGAAUAUUAUAAUAAUCUUGAGGAAAUCGCUGCUGCAAUGAAUAAACUACCUGACUCUGGAAAACCAAAUUAUACUCAAAUGGAAGAGGAAAAUAAAGAAAAACUGUACGAUACAGUGGUGUAUCAAGGUUCAAAAUCUCGUCUAAAUUUGGACUCUGAACCAACAACAGCACGAGCGUAUUGUAUUCGCGAAAUAGUGGAUACAGAAAAAAAUUACGUAGAUGUGUUGAAAAUGUUAAUUGAGAAGUACAAGCAUCCGCUUAUUGGAGUUCUUUCGCACAACGAAAUUGAAGAGAUUUUCAAAUACAUUGAGGAAUUACAUACUAUUCAUAGAGAGUUUUUAAGUAAUCUGAGUUUGGCAACUAGUGCAACUGUGAAUUUCCUUAGUUUAAGUGAUGUUUUUCUUAAAAGUCGAGAUAAUCUUCUCAUAUAUGGAGAAUAUUGUGGUCAUUUACAACAUGCUCAAAAUUUAGUUUAUGAAAUUAUGCGAAAUGAUGUAGAAAAACGUAACAAAAUAGAAUUAUGUCAGUCAAAUUCAGAGAAAUACAAUAAAUUCGCUUUGGCUGAAUUACUUACAAUACCAAUCCAACGCGUUUUGAAAUAUCAUCUUCUGUUAGAGCAUCUAUGUAAGCUCACUCCAGCUGAUCACUAUGAUCGUCCUGAUCUAACUGUAGCUCACGAAGCUAUGCGUGAAGUUGCAUUAUCUAUCAACGAUGUUAAACGAGAUCUUGACACGAUUAGCUCGAUUGAUCAAAUUCAAUCCAGUUUACUUGAAAUAAUGCUGCCUCCAGAUAAAAGGUUAUCAAGUUAUGGGCACUUGCAUAUGGAUGGAGAAGUGAAAGUUCUUUCUGAAUCAGAAAGCAAAGCGAAAACUAGAUAUUUAUUUUUAUUCGAUAAAAUAUUGAUUGUAUGCAAACCGAAGGGUGAUAGUUUUACAUUUAUGUUCGCUUAUCAUGUUGUAAAUGGCCAAUUCCAACGAGUUACUUUAUCAAAUAAAAAGGGAUAUUCCUAUGGAUUUACUUUACCAAUUUUGGGUGAUAGAGAUUCGCCAAAUCUUACUUUCUUUACAAAAUCCGAAGAAUUACGUACAGCUUGGAUGAAAGCUGUAAUGGCUGCAUUGUCUAAUCUUUGUCCACCUGGAGCGAAAGACCGAGGUUACAACUUUGAAAUGUUCACAUUUAAACAACCUACUUAUUGUUGUAUCUGUAAUAAAUUAAUCACAGGAAUGUUCUUUCAAGGUUAUCGUUGUCGAGAAACAAAUCGAGCUGCACAUAAAAGUUGUCUUGCCAAUCAUAAUCUUCCACUGCGUGGUAUGGCUAAUCCACAUAUUAAUGGAGUUCCUCCAAGUGCCCCACCUCCAUUACCUCCACAGAUCAAUACAGUACGUAGUCGACGUUCUCAUGUAACGAUGGGAAGUGUGCCAUGUACACCUGGAAACAACUCAUUAUCUAAUUCAGAAUCAUUUGACUUCUCACAGUUAACUGAUACAUUAUCUUCUGUGAACCACUGGCUUGCAACUGAUCAUAACAAUCUGUCGAAUGUCACUUUACAACGUAAUCGACGUAUAUCUUCAGGUUUACCUACAUCAAGUAUUCCUCCAGUGAAUCCAACUUUUGCUAUAGCACGAAAAGCAUAUGAUGGUGAUCCUCUCCCACCAUCAGGUAGUCAUCCUUUGAGAUUAUCAAUUGGAGAUCAAGUUGAAUUGAUCAAAUGGACUGAAGGCUCAUCAUGGUGGCAGGGUUACUGUGAUGGGUCUGAAGGUUGGUUCCCUGCUAAUCUCGUUGAAAUGGUGGUGAAUAAUAAAAUGAAUAAACCAAGCAGUACAAGAUUUUCUCAUCAAGUAUCUUCAUCGUCUAGUUCUGAUCGAACACCAGUUUUUAAUAAUAAUAAUUCUUCAGUUCAGAAACCUUUCUUUUCACCAAAUGAAACGUCUCCAUCCAAUUUACCUUUAUGUACAAUAGCAAAUAAAACUUUAAAUAACAGUCUAUCGCCUAUCGUCGGUAAUAAUUAUAAUAAUAUUCCUAGUCCUCCUUGCUCAUCAUUAACAUCUUUUAUCCCAGUGAAUAUGAAUAUAAAUAAUUCAUAUCCUCCAUUAAUGUUUCGACGUUUGAAAAAGCGUAGUUUAUCAGCUUUGGAAAUUCCCGAAUUAUCUCAGUGUAUUGAUUUAGUUCCAUCAGUAUUGUCAACUACACAAACUGCAACAGUUAGUGCAACAGUCACCUCGAGAUUUGAAAAUUUUCCAACAGAUCUAAUGGUGGACCAUUCACAUUACUUUCUGUCGACUUUUCCCUGGUAUGUUGGUGAAAUGGACAGACUUGAAGCUGUUAAUUUAUUAAGUAAUUGUAUCGACGGUACAUUUCUUGUACGUCUGUCUAAAAGUGCUGAAAGAAUGGGAGAAUAUUCACUAUCUGUUGUAUACGGCCAUCCACGGCAUAUUCGUAUACAGCGUUUUUCAUCAUCUGAUAAUUCCUGUAUUACAUAUGGUCUUUGUGAAUUAGAACAAUUCCCAAAUAUACCGUGCGUAAUUGACAACUACUCCAAAGUGUCGUUAAAUCGGUGCUUCGAUGAAGUUGAUAUCACAUUACUUUAUCCCUACCAGAGGUGUCCUUCAUCACCAUUGUUCUAUGUUCGUGCAAAUUUCGAUUUUCAUGAUACGUCUAAUAGUCGUUUCUUGAAUUUGAAAGGAGGUGAUCGAAUUGCUGUAGUUAGUCGUGCAGCUGAAGACAGAGGCUGGUGGAAGGGAUGGUUAAAUGGUCGUGUAAGUUUAUACGUUUCUUUUCACAUGUUAACAUUGUGAAACCCUUGUGUUAUAUUUUCACACGCAACUGAAUUAACGACCCAGUCUAUUUUCAAUAUUAGGUUUAACCAUUCAAUAUUUAGAAAUAUCGGUUAUUUUUCACCUCAUUUAAAAACGUUUCUAGUUAAUUUUCCUUUGGAUUUUCUAAGGAAUCGUUUACAUGUCAAAGUAUUCAUCAUUUUAAUAAUUCCUAAUAAAAUUAAAGUUUUAACGAGAAGUUUGUAUGACUAUCAGUGAUUCAGUGUUGUUCACAUUUUGUUCUGUUGCGUGAUCAUAUUAAAUUGUUUUGACUUACACUAACACUUCAAAUAUUUUCAUUAAUUAGUCUUCUACUUAUUUAUUUUCAAGUAGUCACGCUUCCCUACUAUGAAAUUACCAGUAAUUUUCUUUUGUAUAUAAUCGCUUUUCCUAAGAGUAAACAAAUUCUCUUUCAUACCUGUUUUGCAUUCGUCUCAAAACUUACAUUUUAAUAAUUCUCAUGCAAAUUAAUGUAAUAUAUAGAAUGGUUCAUAGUCUUACAGUAAUGAUCACUGUUAGGGUGAUCCGGAAAAUUCCUCGAAAACAAGCUCAAUAAACUUUAAAAACUCUGAGAAACAUCUUAUCCAGGUAGCAUUCAAUAGAAACUUUAUGAGAAACAUCUAGAAAGUGAAUUCACAUGUCGCGUUUCUGAUUGGAUGAUUACCUAUACUACUAUUAUGUUUAUUAGCGUUCCAGAAAUUUCUGGAAGUCCAAGGCCAUCUAAAAUGGUAUAAAUACCCUAGAUUUUCUGUACAUAGACGAACCUUGGAGUAAAGCAUUUCUUCCAUAUUUCACGCCUUCUCUCUUGUGUUCAUGUUGCUGCGUAGACUUAGCCUGGGGCUUACCGGAAGAACUGAGGAACCAAAGAUAUUUCGUCAAAUAGUUCUUUUCCAGUAAAGUAAUUCACCUUUAAUUUCUAUAUCUUCAUAAUCCUGUUAAAGGUUUUUUAUUAGAAAUGAUUAUGAGCUGUAGCUAUGGCUCGUAAUAGUUUAUUAAUAUUUUUGAAAAAUCAAACUACAUUGUUAGAAUAAAUCUAUUCAGUGAUUGUUUAAUUUCAUUUAACCUCUCUUAAUAUCAGUAAGUUUUUAUUGUUAAUUUAUAAAGUAGAACAUAAUAUGUUAUGCAAAAAAUAACUGUAUAAACUAUUCAACUCACUUCAUCAAUUCCAUCUGGUAACUGUCUAGCAUUGAUUACACAAUUCAAUUUUAAUAAAUUCAUUCUAGUUCAAUCUUCUCAGUGAGAUAAGUAUUAUGUUACCGAAUAUUAUAUGAUUUAUAUUCCUCUAUAACAAAAACUUGUCAGCUUAUUCUAUCCUUAACUAAUUUUUGUAGAGUGUUGUUUUGAAUGAAUUAAUAACAACUGUUCACUACUUUUCUAAAUGUUUAUCAUUUUUGUAGUGAUAAUUGUCAUUGAUAUAUAUAAUGUAAAAAUUUAAAUAAUUUAGUGUAAUUCGUAUUGUUCUUGUUAUUUCUCCAUUCCUUUUUUGUCUAGAUUGGAUUCUUCCCCAUGUCUUUUGUGACAAGAGAGCUAUCUGGAUGAUUAUACUGGAUUACUAUUUUAUUUUUGGAAAAUUUGUAUUCUUUUUUAAUCCACUUAUUUUGUGAACAUCUUUUUACCAAACCCACGUUUAUCCUAUCAGAAAUCUAUACAUACAACCCAGUGUAAACUGUGUAUUAACAGCGAUUUAAACAAUGAAUUUUUGAAUAAUUAUAACUUUCUUUUGUCACUAAUUUAUCG